UGUCAACGGUACUUAUAUAAACCAAUGGCAGACUGCAGGUCCUAUCUCGUGCGCUUGCCCUCGGCCAUGGCGUCGAAGCUGGCGGUGAAUAGAGAGAUGCUGCUGAAUCUGGAGUGCGAACAUCUCACCCUCGUCGGCCUCAAUGGCAUUCACUCGUGGACGUGGAACAUAAGGCACCUGCGCAAAUAUGGCUACAGACAGGACGAUUUCCACUUCGAGAGUGGGACGCGAUGCCAGACCGGUCCAGGCUACUUCUCCUUCUAUACCCCACAGGGCAAGGAGAUCUUUCGUGAUCUACAUAAAAUGAAGACACAGUAUAAGCUCCGGAACUGUCUACAGCCUAACAGCCUGGCUGAAAAAAAAUUUCCAUCUCCACGGAAAGCUGGCAGGAAGUUCAAGUUCCCUUCCUUGUUGCCGAAGAAAAAACCCAAAGUAAAAAAGCAGGACAGAUUAGAGGAAGACAGAAAAGAAGAGACGCCAUCUCCACGGAAAAUUGGCAUGAAGUUCAAGUUUCUUUCCUUGUUCCCGAAGAGGAAACCGAAAGUAAAAAAGCAGGACAGAUUUGAGGAAGACAGAAAAGAAGAGACGAACCGGUCAUCGGAUGUCUCGGCUGCUUACGUCACAAUCCUGCCCAAGACGCCAAGUGUUUCGAACUCGAGAAGUACGAGGAAGCGUUUCGAGGCCAGCGACGCUUGGAAACACUUUGGCUAUUAAUAUUCGGGUAUGUGCUGAUAAGGAAUCUUAUCACCCAUUUCUCAGAAUUUGUUUACUUUUUUUUUAAUGAAUGAUACUCGGCUGCUUGUCUUAUUAAACAUUAGAGUUGGCAAUAGUGUACACAUGCCUUGUUUAGAAUCAAUCACAAACGGAAUCGAAAAUGCCAUCUGCGUUACCGAAGCUUUGAAACACCAGCAUGACUCCCGAAACGGUACUCAAGACCGAUUUCGAAAGAAAAUACGGCUAUACAGAUCAAUAAACCAGCCUAUGUUUAUUAUUAUUAUUACUGGUAUUAAUGUACUGUAUGUAUAUCGCUCCUCUACCCACGGGUUCAUGGUGUUUAAUGGCUAAGGAAGGAAAGACCGAGACUAAGUCCAUUCUUGAAGUGUAGUCUAUAUCCGUGCACUUUUAGUUUGUGAAAAGAUUUGACUUUGAUUUCAUUAUUCAUUAAAGAAUAUAUGUUCUAUAAAUAAUGUAUG